UAAAAAAGGGGUGGGGUGUUAAUAGAUAGGCCCAGGACAAAGAAGAAAAUCUGCAUCAGUCGGUCUGAUAAGAACUUUGAGCUUAAUUUGUGAAAAUGCCAGAGGAGGAAGAGCGAGAAAAGUUAGCCAAAGUUAUCACACAGUGGAAUAACAACAGACUGGACCUGUUUGAAAUAAGCCAACCUGAUGAGAACCUGGAGUUUCAUGGCGUGAUCCGCUUCUACUUUGAGGAUCAUGCUGGAGGAAAUAUGGCUACAACGUGCCUUCGUGUUUGCAGCAACUCUUCCGCUCAUGAGCUCAUCCAAACGCUUUCAGAAAAAUUCAGGCCUGAUGUGCAAAUGCUGACUAGUUACUCUCUGUACGAGAUCCACACCAAUAAGGGACGCAAGUUGGAUAUGGAUGAAAGACCUUUGGUUGUGCAGUUAAACUGGAACUCAGACAACAGAGAAGGAUGUUUUGUGCUCAUGAAAAACAAGCAGAAUUUUCAGGAAAACUGGCAUGAGAAGGAAAAAGGAGGCCUGAUUCAAACCUUCAAGAGCAGACUAUUGAAAAAAGAAAAGAAAAACAAAACCAAAGUUGUUGACAGGGUUUCAGAAGAUGAGCAAAGGUCAACUGAAAAGCCACUGAACAGUGUUUGUGACCAUGAGACAAAAGAGGGGUGCACACAGAAAAAGCAACAGAGCCAGGCUUCCCUCGAUCAACCUGGGUUACCAGUUGGGAUUAUGUUCUGUGACAACUUGGAGGAAGCCUUCCUGUCUGCAGUCAUAAAUUACGCCAGCAGCUCCACACUUCAUUUCAAGCUCUCACCUGCAUAUGCCCUCUAUGCUGCGGGACGCUUCGCUCUGCAACGCCAUUACAAGCGAAGCCCUCCGCCAUUAGGACAUCCGCACAGUGUAGCCUUGAUCACAAACAAAAUGGUGGCUAUGACAGGGAAGGUCAUCCAGAGGCAGCAGACCAUGGCCGGGGCUCUCUCCUUUUGGAUGGCCAACUCUGCUGAGCUGCUAAACUUCUUCAAGCAUGACAAAGACCUCAGCCCACUCACACAGCAAAGCCAGCUGGAUCUAUCCCACCUGGUGCACAAAUCUUACAGUCACCUGCUACAAUGUCUACAGAAUGAGUUAUUGAAGCACUUGCCAAAAUUUCUGACUGAUCCUGGGCAACAGGGUCCUCUGCCGGCUGGUAUAGAGAUGGUGCUGAAUACGUUGAUGAACACCAUGUCUCUGUUACGCCACUGUCGGGUCAACCCUGCCCUCACCAUCCAGCUCUUCUCCCAGCUCUUCCAUUUCAUUAGUGCCUGGCUCUUCAACCAGCUGAUAAGCCCAGAGGCCAACACCCCAGGCCUGCGCUCCCACUACUGGGGAGCUACUCUCCGCCAGAAGCUCACCGCCAUUGAAGCCUGGGCAGAGAGGCAAGGCCUGGAAUUGGCUGCCGACUGCCACCUGGGACAUAUCAUACAGGCAACUGCACUGCUGACCAUGAAUAAGUACUCAAUGCACCAUGCCAAGGACAUCCAAAAAACCUGUUUCAAGUUGAACUCAAUGCAGCUGCAGACAUUACUAUCCACCUACCUCUAUGCAGCCACUGAGCCUUGCAUCCCCCAUGUGAGUACUUUCAGGCUGUUCUUCAGUCAUCAAGCUUCAGUUGUCCUUCUUGUCUCUUCUGCUACUAGUAAAACUGGUGCUACUGUGCUACUGCUACCACAAGAUGAUUUGAUUGAUGCUGUAGUGACAGCUGCAGAGGCCUCAGCAGAUAACCUGAUUCGGAGUGAAGGACGGGGCAUCCAGAUAGAGGAGAGCCUCGACCUACACCUGCCCUUCCUGCUGCCAAAGGAAGGAUACUCCUGUGACACUGUGAGAGGAAUCCCUCCAGGGUUUAAAGAGUUUUUAGAGCCAAUUUUCCAAAAAGGUCUCUGCUCUUUAACAUACCAGCUGAACUCCAAGGGUGACUGGACUGUGUACUUCAGUGAACCUACACCCUCUGCAGAGAGCUCUUACUUGGCAGCACACAGAGAGCCAGAGAUGGUGACUAUCACACUGAACAAACCUGUGAACAAUAGGAUGGGGGUCAGCAUUGUGGCUGCCAAGGGAGCAGGGCAGGGUAACCUUGGGAUUUAUAUCAAAUCUAUUGUCAAGGGAGGACCAGCUGAAAUGACUGGCAGGUUAACAGUCGGGGACCAACUGCUCAGUGUGGAUGGUCAAAGCCUGAUUGGCCUCAGCCAAGAAAGGGCGGCAGCUAUCAUGAUGCAAACCGGCCCCGACGUGACCUUACGUGUUGCAAAGUUUGCAGCAAGCUACCAUGGCCUGGGGGCUCUGCUGAGAGAACCAGCUCCAGAUGGGAAUACAGGAGAUAUACACGAUGCCAAGUCAAACAGUAAAGCACUCAUGCUGUACAGUGCUGUGGAUCCUGGUCCCUCUGAAAAGCUCCACGAAAGCAGCCAGAAAAAGAAAGACCAGAUAAAGCAGAGAAACAGGCAAUUUUAUCACUCCAACCCCAACAUGACCACAGACGUCAGCCUGGUGGACGGAGGUGAACCUGCCGACCCUGCUGUGAGGGGGAACAACGUUGCUGCCGUUUCCAGUAUCAACCUUUGCACUGAUACAUUUCACAGGGAGUAUUUGACACUACCAACCCCUGAAUCCCAGGAUAAGAACAUAUCUAGCUCUAGUCAACCACAGGAAACAUCCAGACAGCGCUCCAGUAAGAUGACUUUCAUGCAUCAAGCCCUCUCACAGGAGAGCUUCUGUUUGGACAGUGGAUGCCCCCUACUGGACAAAAGGCAGAAGAUGUGGGAGCAGCAGGACUGGAGUGCAAAGCAAAUCAUGACCGCUUAUCCGUCUUUCCCAUUUCACUCAAGUACUUCCACUCACAACAUCCUCUCUGAUAACAAUUCUCACACAAAUCGCCAGCAAUGGUCUCGUACAAGUGGCACCGGUGUCUCAAAAACCCCUUUUUCACAUCAUCCAACACCUACACCUUCAAUCCAGCCGAUACGCAUCAACAUCCCUGUAACCAGAGCAAUGAAGACCCAGUUAAAAGCUCCACUCACCACCUUCCAGAGCUCAUCUUUGCUGGCAGUAAAGAUGAGUCAACCUCUCAGAGUUAAUGGACAUAACCAAAGUCCACAAAACCAGGAUAAUUGUAUUCAUGCAUGCCACGUUUCUUCAACUGAAAAGCCACCCCAGCCCUUGUUUUCAUCACAGCAACAAACACCCAGCACAUGCAGGGGGCAAGCAGCAAAAUCCCAAGCAAGCAUUACUCCAACUAAACAUGCUUCUUUCCAAGAACCUUACAGUCAACAGAAGAAGGGUACAGGUCCUAGGAAGCAAAAAGACCCCCAGGAGCUGCCUGACCCAUGGAGGAGGGGGGCUCAGGAGAAGCAGCAGAGGCUUCGGGAGAUGGAGCUCUUGGAGCAGGAGGUGCAGGAGCUUCCGGCUAAAGCAAAGCAUUCAUCAGAGGAGAACGACCGACUCCGCAAACUCCACCUGGAGUGGCAGUUUCAGAAAAGACUGCAUGAAAUUCAGAGAAGUGGAGAGGAUGAGGAGGAAGAUGAGGAUUUCAACAUGAUGGUGAUGAUACAGCAACUGGAGACAAGAGCACAGGUGAAACAUAUGAGCAACAAAAGCUCUGGAGGAAAUGUCAACAGCGAACCAAAAGAGGUGGAACAGCAGGAAGUAACUUGCCUCUCCGAGACAGAAAACAGAGCAGAAACAGAUCACAGAUCAAGUGGACUGACUCGAGCUGUUCACAACAUGGCGUCAAAAGAGUGAGUCGACAUUUUUUUGGCAACUGAAGCAUAAAAUAGAAGUUCAAUCAAAUCUUACAAGCGUCUGAACUAUUAAUACAGCACUUCUACUCAUGAUGACACAAAAAUGUCCAUGCGCUGUUGUGUGCUAUCAUAAUAAUCUUCUGAUAUUUGUCUAUUCCGCUUCAUCAAACAAUAAGAUAUUUUAAUCAUUUGUUUUUUCAUUUGUUACCCUAACCCUUUACCAGUGUUUGAGAGGAGUCCCUGAGUAAAAUCUGCAAACUACACUUUAUAAAAAUAUUUUAAAACUGCCCAAGCUGCUGUUUGUGUCCCCAUAAAUGCUCCCACAUGAGCAAUACAAUUCAAGUAUUCCAUCUAAUAUAAUAGUCUAUUUGCAGAAACCAGGAGGAGAAAACCAAGAGAGUGUCAGCUCCUGAAAAGCUCCCAUUCAAGGAGCACCAGCCCCUCCUUUUCUCUGAUGUCCAGUGCAUAAAUGGAGGUUAAAGCCUUGUAAACAGAAGAGGAACGUGUAUAUACACUCACCAGCCACCUUUUUAGGCACACUUGUACAACUGUAUGCGCUUCAAUGCAACAUCUCCGCCUUAACAUCCGUUUAUAAAGCUCAAAAUGUUUCAGUUUUUGGUGAAAUUGUCACAAAUAUAUAAA